CCCCGCCCACUGCCCGCCUCGCACUCCUAUUGCAGGAGGGAGGCGGGGCGCGCGCGCCGCGGAGCGGCGCGAUUGGCUGAGGGGCGUGUCGGGGGCGGGGCCUCAUCUCCCCUCCGUGCCCGCCGGCGGGAGGGAGCGGCUGCGGCGCGCGCGGGGCCGCCAUGAGGUAGGCAGGAGCCCCCCGUGGCCGAGUGAGGCAGCAUGGCAACCUGUGCAGAGGCUGCGUGCAGCGUGUGCUGGGAGCUCAAGGAGCAUGGCAGUAGUGAGUGGAGAGACACAGAGAUCUGUCUGGGAUCUCAGGAUUUGCUCGGAGUGUCGCCGGAGCCAGCGGUGAAGGUGGAGGCAGUGUCCGUGCUGAGGAGGAGGACCCCAGGGAUGACAGUGUUCUUGGGGGCCAGGAAUGCCCACUCGGUCCUGAAACGCUUUCCCAGAGCCAAUGGCUUCCUGGAGGAGAUCCGUCAGGGCACCAUCGAGCGGGAGUGCAUCGAGGAGGUCUGCAGCUAUGAGGAGGUCAAGGAGGUGUUUGAGAACAAGGAGAAGACGAUGGAGUUUUGGAAGGGCUACACCAACUCCGUCUACUCUGUCAAGGACCCUGGGCACAGCACGGAGCGCUCUGACGCCAUGUAUGUGGUGGUGCCCCUGCUGGGAGUGGCCCUUCUGAUAGUCAUCGCCCUCUUCAUCAUCUGGAGGUGCCAGCUUCAAAAGGCCACCCGCCACCGCCCUUCCUACGCCCAGAACCGGUACCUGGCCAGCCGGACGGGACGCAGCCUGCCCAGGGUCAUGGUGUACCGGGAGCGCUCCCAGAGCCAGGGGGAAACCCAGUACCAGCGGGAAGCCAGCAACCGGGGGGCUGGAGACGGCAGAGCUGGGGGCACCCCCCCCCAGCAAGACAACACCCUCUGCCUGCCAGAGCACUCGGUCUCCAUCCUCUCCAGACUGUCCAGUGCCACCCCCCCGCCUUCCUACGAGGAGGUGACGGGCCACCCGGAGAGCAGCAGUGGGGAGGAGACCAGCGUCUCCUACAAUGACCCGCCGCCCAAGUACGAAGAGAUCGUGGCCACUGCCCCUGCCACGGGCAAAUAGCGGGUCUGCCUCCCUCCUGCCUCUUCACACACUCACACCCACCCACCCGCCCUCCCUUCGCCGUGCCUGGGACCCCUCCCGGUGUCCGUCGGGCCCCCGCCUCACCUGUACAAGCUGGUGCCAUCACACAAUAGCCUUACCCUCCUAACCAAAAAUAGCUGUCCCCAGGUGGGGUGAGGCCGGGCUGUGGGGGUGGCUCUGGAGCCAGCCAGCCAUCUCCUGCCCCUCACUCCCCACUCACGUAAGUGCUGUAGCAGCCAGAGCCGAGCAGCAGCUUGUUCCUGGCUCAACGCGGGGGUCUCCCCAUGGUGCAUUUGAUUCCUUCACUUCCCCCUCGAGUAGACAUAACAUUUCCCAUGAUUAGAACAGCCUCGCUGCCUCCCUGGGCUGCUGCCCAGCCUUGCCCCAUGUCCCCACUGGGCCCUGUUCUGCUCAGGGCUCUGAUUAGGAGUUGGGGAUGCAGGAUUGGUGUGGCAAACCUCUGUCCAUCCUCACAGUUGGUGUCCACGCUCUCUGUUUGGGGAGAUGGUUCUUCCCCUGUGUGGAUUUGUUGCCAAGUGGGAGUGGGGAGCCCAGUCCAUACUCUGGUGCCUGUAGCAAUAUUUGCUGUCUGGAGAUCAGGGAGGAGCAGUAAGGAAGGUGUUCUCCUAGAUCCCUUUGAAAAGGGGGAAAGGCUCACGGUGGUCUUGUACCUGAGGUAAGUGGCUUUGGAGCAGCAGAGUCUUUUCCUGAUGCUCUCUGCUUUCCCCCUCUGGGUUGCUGGGCAGCUGGAGGUCUGGCUGUGGCAGAGCUGGCCAAGAGGGUCAUCUCUGAUCCCAAGCCAAACAUGGUCCCAUGGCUUUAAGUGGCGAGGAUGCUCCUUUCUCCUGGAGCGUGGCCUGCCUGGUGUCUUCCCCAGAGGUGGGAUUCUGGCACAGGGAGCCUGCGGACAGGCCAAACCUCCCCUCUCCCUACCCCAAUCCGCCCUGUCUGACCCCUCUCUUUGGGGUUCUUUCUCCUUCAGAUCAGGUAAAGGGGAAUGUGAGUACCCACUCUCCUGGCUCCUCUGGUGGGCAGAGUGCUCGGUGGCCGGGGCUGUGGAUGGGGGGCUUGCUGACAGGGAUGGGAGCCAUGAGACCAUGCCUCAACCUGGCCAUGCCAGGUGGGAGCAGGGCCAAGCCCUGCCUGGGUGAUUGUGGAGCCAGGGCAAGGCAGAGCCGGGUGCUUUGCUGUGGGACCAGAGUAUCCCUUUUUGCUGGGCAGCUGCCUUUGGGGUCCAAACAACGGGGCUGUCCUUUCCCAGUCAUGUCUGAUGGAUUAAAAUGGGGGUUGUGCUCACCAACUCCCCAGAAACUUCCAGCACUGCCACCACUCGGUGUUCACCCCAGCACCAGUCUCUCCACCAGCACCAAAAGGCUAUUGUCCAUCCAUUGCAGGUGGCCUGCAUACUGCUCGGUCCCAGUGAUGCUCUCGCAGCAGGUGCCCUCAGCCCAGAGCUGAGACUUGCCCAGCAUGGCUUUCCUGGGGCAGGACAUGCUGGCACCUUGUCUGUCCCCUCCCCAGCCUUAGCAAAUCAAGGUUAUGGGGAGACCAGAGCCUGGAAAAGACCGGAGGGAGACAGCAGGGCUCUCUGCAUCCUCUGUCUUUGAUGCUCAGUCAUUAUCCCUGCAGUUUGUACUCUGUAAAACUUGGUAUAUUUCUGUGCAAAAAAAAAAAGGUAUUUAUUAAAAAACCCUCACUGUA